AUGCCGUGCAUUCUUCAAUCUGAUAACGGUAGGGAAUUUGUAAAUAAUGUUAUAAGUGAGCUUGCCAGACAUAGUCAAAGCCAGGGCUCAGUUGAACGUGCCAAUCAAGAUAUUGAGAAUAUGAUAGGGUCUUGGAUGAAUGACAACGUUUCAACGAAAUGGUCAGAAGAACCCAGAGUAGGACUUUCGACUUCCCCUUUGCCGCAAGAAAUCAUAAAUGAUAUUCAAGAUGAAGAUGAUUUAAGGAAGGUAAUAAAAGAUGAUCGUAAUGUUAACCUAACAGAAGAUAGAAAUGAUAACGUUGUCGAAGUUAGUAAUCGAGAAAAAGUUUCUUCAUCUGAAAAUGACAUUCAUAAAGCUAGAACAACUGCAGGAGAAAAUCUUGUGAAACACGCUAAGAAAAUGAAAGCUACUUCUGACAAGUCUCAUCCACCUGCCAACAUUGAAGAUAAUGUGACUGUACCGAUUCCAGAUGUUGACAAAGGCAAAGGUGAUCUCAGAAACAUUAUUGGAGUUAUUCUUCAGAAAAAUGACGAAUCAAUAUUGCAGGCCAUACCAGUUUAUCCUAAAGUGUGCGUAUUUAUAUCAGGAUCAACUAGUUUGGCCUGGCCUAAACUGGUCUAUCCUAUCGGACUUAGGACAAAUUAG